UUGGCGCAUUGUGUAUCACGCUUUGACGACUGGCGUUUACAACAAACGUUUUUGUGUUUAUUAAAGUGCGAAUUUUCAGCGUGCGGUUUUUAUCGAUUUGACGGGAAAUCUGCGAAUAAAUCUUCCUGGCGUACCGAGACUAGUGUGUGGCAGUUAACCUCAUCACGUUAACUCGCCGUCCCGACAAUGACGGUUGUGCAACUUGAAAAAUUUCUGUUCGUGCCACUAGCAGACGUUGACGAGAGACUUUAGUAGCGUGAGUGCAGUGCUGUAAACAUUGCAUUAGUAAAUAAUAUAGUCUGUGUAUACUUGCGUUUUGUUUUGUACAAUGAGUGUCGCGAGUUUCUAAUUUCCCAGAUCAAAAAAAUUUUUUAAAAUGUCUUGAUCCAAGACGUUUUGGCUCUAUUUUUCGCUGUUUUCCCGUUCCGUUUUAUUAGCAGUUUACUCUAUCGAUAGAACGAGGUUAGAAUCGAAGCGGAGGGUUUACAAGUGAAUAGUGGCGACUUUUCCUCCCUCUAGGAAAAAGUACGAUUAUUUUUUUAAAAGAGCGUUUUACACCCUUCAGUUGAGGCGAACCAGGGCAGAAUUUCGAUCAGAAAAAGGAAGCGAAUGAGUAAAAUUGUUUUCAUACGGGGGUGUUAGUAUGAUUGGUGCAUGAAAAAAAUUAUGUGAUCGACGGUCAUUAUGGCGGCACCCAUGUUAAAGUGGAAGCGGAUCACAAAUCCUGCCGGGCCUCAACCAAGACCGCGUCAUGGACACAGAGCGGUUGCCAUUAAGGACCUUAUGGUGGUUUUCGGCGGGGGUAACGAAGGAAUUGUCGAUGAACUUCAUGUCUACAAUACAGCAACAAAUCAAUGGUUCGUCCCGUCAACAAAGGGGGAUAUUCCACCCGGCUGUGCAGCCUACGGAUUCGUCGUGGAUGGCACACGAAUCCUGGUCUUUGGAGGAAUGGUAGAAUAUGGAAAGUACUCAAAUGAGCUCUAUGAGCUUCAGGCAAGUAGAUGGGAAUGGAAGAGGCUGAAACCAAGACCUCCGAAAAACGAGCAAGCACCAUGCCCAAGACUUGGACAUAGCUUCACUCUUAUUGGUAACAAGGUCUUCCUCUUUGGCGGCCUAGCAAAUGACAGUGACGACCCGAAAAACAAUAUACCAAGAUACUUGAACGAUCUGUAUACCUUGGAACUCCUUCCGAAUGGGCUCACAGCCUGGGAAGUGCCGGAAACACAUGGUCACUCGCCUCCGCCCAGGGAAUCACACACAGGUGUGGCCUACACCGAUCAAAAAACUGGGAAGUCGUGUCUGGUCGUCUACGGAGGGAUGAGCGGUUGUCGGUUAGGGGAUCUCUGGUUUCUCGAUGUCGACACCAUGACCUGGAACAAACCUGCAGUUCAUGGUCCAACGCCACUGCCUCGUUCGUUGCACACCGCCACGCUGAUUAGUCACCGUAUGUACGUCUUUGGUGGAUGGGUGCCUCUCGUCGUUGACGAUGUUAAGGUGGCGACACACGAGAAGGAAUGGAAGUGUACGAGCACGCUUGCAUGCUUGAAUUUAGAAACAUUAACUUGGGAGCAAUUGACUGUCGAUUCGCUCGAAGAGAAUGUUCCUCGUGCCCGUGCGGGACACUGUGCCGUAGGAGUUCACAGUAGACUAUACGUUUGGUCUGGACGAGACGGUUAUCGCAAAGCUUGGAACAAUCAGGUCUGUUGCAAGGAUCUGUGGUACCUCGAAGUGAGCAAACCACCAGCUCCUUCACGAGUGCAACUUGUCAGAGCUUCAACUCAAUCCCUCGAAGUCAGUUGGGUCGCGACACCAUCCGCUCAGCAUUAUAUUUUACAAAUACAAAAGUAUGACAUGCCGCCUACCAGCAGCUCUUAUCCAGCUUCUACCCCGUCAGCCAAUCCCACAACCGCAACUGCCCCCUCAGUUCCAGUGUCGCCAGCUUCUCUCUCAGCAACGCCUCCUAGCAUCAAAACCAAUCUGACUCAGGCGAUUCGCGUCCAAGCUUCAGGCCAGUCCCCCGCUCAAAAGAUAAUUGCGUCGUCGGUUGUCAGCAAGCCGUCGAGUCCAAUGGCACCCAGAGUCGCAGCAAAUGUCAUACGAAUCCGUUCACCACUCGUCAGCUCGAUUUCAGCAACGACGGAGCAAACGCCACCUGUGAACACUUCAAAUGCCGGACAAACUCCAUCUGCAAUGCUGCAAACUUUGGCUGCGGCGGCAGCUUCUUCCCCGAAAAUCAGCAUGAACAGCAUUCCUGUUUUGCAGCAGAGUGCCGGGAACACGAUUAGAAUGAAGGGGAUGCAGCCAGGACAGCAGAUACGUUUCGCAGCUCCCGGUGCGACUGUUUUGCGUGCCGCCUCCCCGCAACAGAGUAAACAGAUCAUUCUGCAGAAGCCUGGUCAGAAUAUAGCUGGUCAGCCGCAGAUUGUUCAUCUGUUGAAAACUGGACAGGGAAUGGUGACGAUGCCAAAAGUAAGUUUAAUUCCGGGCAAAACGGUACAGACUGCGGGCGCGAAACCCCUGAAUCAGGGGCCGACGAUAUUGCGACUUGUCAAUCCGAAUACCGUGGCUGGAUCGAAGAUUCUGACGACGAUGAAGACGUCCGGAAUUGUGGCGAUGAGCAAAGGACAAAAUAUUGCUGGCAAGCAGACAAUAAUGAUUACAAAGCCAGGCGGUAAUGGUGGACUUGUGGGAAGGACUAAUCAAAUAAUCGUUGUGACAACGGGAUCGGGUUUGAGAGCGGUGCAAGCUGUGACAACUUCGCAAGCUGGCGCCGGUCAAGGUGGCGCUCUCACAACGCCUGUUAAUGUGCUGCCACUCUCGGCCGCGAAUCAUGUCACAAAUCAGCAGGGUGUGAAAAUGAUUAUGGUGUCGUCGGGUGCUAUGGGUGGAGGAACGUCUGGGAAACCUAUAACAAUCACUGUGCCGGGUAUGGGAGGAAUACCGAAGACAGUGACUAUCGCCGCGAAAGGAUCGCAACAAGCCAUCUUCAAUCCGAACAAGAGUCAGAUUGUGACGAUGCCGCAGAUGCAGAAGAAUGCUGAGUCUGUCACCAUGGCUGGAAAACCGGUAACGUUACAAAUGUCUGGAGGAAUUGGUUCAAAAACUGUUACUCUGGUGCCAACAAGUAGCUCCAUUGUCACUACUUCCGGUUCUUCAGAUUCCAUUGACGCAAGCAAAUUUAUUCCCUUGCAGAAACAACCAUCAGCGUCUCUAGCUACGACAUCAGAUGGGCCAGCAACAACCGAUGCAGCCUUAGCUGCCUUGGCAGCUGAAGCUGGUUUGAUUGAUCCCGUGCAAGAGCCAUCGGGUGGAAUAUCCUUCAUGGUUGCAACGGAAGAUCCAGCUGAUAAGGCUGAUGAUGCUUGCAACGGAAAUGAGGGAGCAACAGCAGCUCUAGUUUCUCAACUGGAAGCUGGCGAGCCGAUGCAGGUUGAUGGAGAGAGCAGUUUCAUAAUUCCGCAAGUCGAUGGCGCUGCCGACAUCUUCUUGGAUGAAGAUGAAAACAAGGCCGGAGAUUCUGAGGGAGAAGCCAUGGUAGAGAAUGCAGAGGAUCCUCCCGCCGAGGAAGAGUCUGCAGAGAUGGAGCAGGAUCCCAUACCUGCUAGUACUGAUGAAACAGCCUCACAAGCUGAGAAAUCGUCGACGAAAGAGACUGAAACUUCCUUGUCCGAAUCAGCAACGGCUAAUGUAGACACGGACACUAAUACGCCCGCCGAAUCCAACGUGGAGCCGGAAAAUGUGGCUCAACAGGACGCUAAUUCUAGUGAAACGGCAGCUGAGGGAACAAGUGAACCGGAACCGCCCAGUGAAAGCGACAUGCAGGUUGAUACCGAGCCUACAGUUCCGGAAGAAGCUGCAAAGUCGGAAGAUUCUGCUGCUCCAGAAUCGGAUUCCAUUCCCCCAGAAUCGGAAUCUGUUCCCGUAGAAUCGGAUUCCGUUCCCGCAAAAAUGGAUUCCGUUCCAGCAGAAGCGGAUUCCGUUACCGCAGAAAUGGAUUCCGUUCCCGCAGAAUCGGAUUCCGUUCCAGUUGUUUCGGAAGCCUCGAGUUCGAAGGAAGAGGAGAGUAAGGAGGAAUCGAAAGAAGAAUCGAAAGAGGAAUCGAAAGAGGAAUUGAAAAUGGAAUUAAAAGUGGAGACUCAAGAGGAUGAUAAAGAUGAUCAAAUGGAGGACGAUGAUCUAGAGUUGAAAUUGCCGAAAGGAGAUUCUGAUUUAGAAGACGAGGUCCCUGUCGUGGAGAAAGAGGAGGAUAAAGUACCUCAAGAAGACAACGAACCGGAGAAAGAAGUGGAGAAGGUAGUGGAGAAAGCCGUAGAGACACCUAGCGAAACUCCAGCAGAGAUUGAACAAAAUGAUGCAACGAAAGCUAAAGAGGAUCUUGUCGAACCUAUGAUUACGGAUUCGCCCUCGCCCACACCCACGCCUGAGCCUGAGGCGAUUGACAAUCUUAAUAAUAAAGAAUCCGCUCCUGUAGUAUUGGCUCAAGAAGAGAAACCGAAAGAAGUCGUGGAACCAGUCAAAGAGCCAGUAGCUCAGUUAGUUACGAUAAAGAAAAAAGUAGUCGAACCAGAGGCUAAUCCAGCUACUAUCAGGUUGGAGAACAUAAUUAAAAUCGAACCAAAAGAAGUGGUACAUAUUAAAAAGGAACCUAUGAAAGUAGACAGGAUCGAAGAAAAUAGAUCCGAAACGAAUGAUGACUCGGCUGCCUUGACCACUUUGGCAACUGCGGCUCUAGGAACGACGGAACCACAGCCCGUUAAAGUUAAAGCAGAACAAAUUGAGGAGAAGAAAAAGGAAAUACAGUGGUACGACGUCGGAAUAGUCAAAGGAACAAACUUCACGGUCCAAAAUUAUUAUUUUCCAUCGGACGAGACAUUAGACAUAACAACGGCGUUAACAACGGACAUUUUUAAAAAUAAAACUAAAAUACCUUUAGAACCUGGUACCGCUUAUAAAUUUCGAGUGGCCGCAGUAAACAGCUGUGGACGUAGUCCGUGGAGUGAGGUCUCUGCGUUCAAAACGUGUCUUCCUGGAUUCCCUGGUGCUCCAAGUGCCAUUAAAAUCUCAAAGUCGACCGAAGGUGCCCAACUCUCUUGGGAGCCUCCACCUAGUAAUUUGGGACCCAUACUGGAGUAUUCCGUCUACCUGGCCGUGCGAAGUGCUAACGCUGCAGCCAACUCCGGGGAAGCAACGACCGUUGCUACAACACCCACUCAGUUAGCUUUCAUAAGAGUUUAUUGUGGACCCACCAAUGCUUGUUCAGUACCAAAUAGUUCCCUUAGUGCGGCUCAUGUUGACACCACAACUAAGCCGGCCAUCAUCUUUAGAAUAGCUGCCAGAAACGACAAGGGCUACGGGCCUGCAACACAAGUCAGGUGGCUGCAAGAUCCCACUACAACAGGGAAAAGUAAUCCGCAAGUAAAGAGGCCCGUGACGGAAAGUCGACCGCCGGCAGGAUCGCCGCUGAAGAAAGUGAAGCCAGAAAUCACGGGUGAUAAUUUCUCGUGAGCUAUUUUUGUCUCGUUGAAUUAAUUAAGACCACUCUUUGCGAUGAAAUUUUCGCUAGUGCCGCACCGAAUAAUGACAGAAUUUAGAUUUAGAUUCUCUUCAGUCCGGCACUAGACGAAAAAAAAAAGGAAAAGAAAAGAAAAAGUGUGAAGACGAGAGCACAGAAGUAAGUUGUGGUGUCCGAGAAACGUUGAAUUGAAAGAAAAAGAGAGAGAGAGAGAAAAAAACGAAAAAAAAAAACGUUCUCAUUUUGCGGUGCACUAACAACAAUUUGAUACCACGAAAAUAGGUUUGCCUGUCAAAUGGGCUAGAAUAUAUUUUCAGCGUCAUAGAUUUGGGGCAAAUAAUCCUCCAUAUGGGAUUCUUAUAUUAUUCAGUUAUUUUAUCUCAUAUAUAUUUUUUUUUGCAGAAUCCGAGCACAAAUACUUACAUGUAAAAGAAAGUCACUGCACUGUUAAUAAAUAAUAGAACAAAAUGUUAUUCUGGUGCAGAAGUCCUAAAAAGUAAAAUUGUGUUUUAAAAGAAAAAGAAAGAGAGAGAGAGAGAGAGAGAGAGAGAUAGUUGAUACGUCAAACUUGAUUUAAUUGUGCUUCUCGUUACUAAUUGCGGUGAAAUGUUUAAAGCUGAAAUUCUGCUCUGUCAUUGUUAAACUAAGUAAAUUUUUGAGAAAAAAGAAAAUGUAGAACGCCACUUUAAAAUGAUUUUUCUCACCUAGAAUAUGAUAUUUUUUGCCGACGAAAAAUGAUGUUACUGUAAAAAAAAAAAAAAAAAAGUGCUAGUGCUGUUUAGGAUUUUGAGUUCAGGACAAUUUUCCCCGUAAAUUGAUUAUUUCUUGAGUGAUUUAUUAUUAAGUUCAACUGAGACAAUGGCAAUAUUGUAUAAAACGAUUUUACAGUGAUUUUAUGACACGAUACUUGGUAUUUGAUUUUUCGAAAAUGUUAAGAGAGUUCACACGGCUCGGAAUUGUUAAUUUGUAACAUAUAUAUAGAGUCAUUUCCGUUUUUACAUCACCACAAAUUCCAACAACCAACUAACUAACUAAUUUCCGUCUGAAUGAAUUACAGAUGAUAUUGAUAAUUUUUAAGGCUUGUACUCAGAAUGACAAAUGUAAAAAGAAAACCUUGUAAAAGUCUCACACCUUCUUUCCGAAGACAGCAGCCUCUCAAUUUCAGUGAAUGCGUACAGAAAAUGAUAAAUAAUAUGGAAAAUUGGAUUCGAGAUUUGAGUCUUCUCUACGCUGCGUUUAGAAAAAUAAUAAUAAUAAUAAUAAUAAUAAUACAGAAAUCAAAUAAUAUUUGUAUACAUUGAUGAGAAAUUAAUUAAAUAAUUUCUACGGCUUAACGCAGCGUAGAAAUGAGUUUACUUAAAAA